AUGCUUCAUCUCAGUUUUGGGCAUUCUUUCGCCGAGCUCGUGGCACUGAUCCUUCUCCCCGGGCUUGCGUUGUAUUUUCUCAAUAAGAAGAAAGCUAGUGCGCGUAGAAAUGAAGAAGAUGCUGGUACUGGCGCACCUGGUUCGAUGACUACGCCGACAGAAGCUAAUUCUGAUGGAUCUACUUCGUUGCCGACAGAAACUAAUAAUGGUGCAUGUAGUUCGCCUCCGACGUCUACUAAUUCCAGUGGAUCUAGUUCGUCUCCUACAGAAACUAAAUCCGGUGGAUCUAGUCCGUCUCCGACAGGAAUUAGUAAAGGCGCAUCUAGUUCAUCUCCGACAGAAACUAACAACAGUGCAUCUAGUUCAUUGACCACAACUACUGGAAACCGCUAUGAGGUGUUCUUGAGCUUCAGAGGCCCAGAUACUCGAUAUGGCUUCACGAGUCACCUCUACAAGGGGCUCCAUGAUGCUGGAAUUAAUACUUUCAGAGACGAUGAUGAUAACGAGCUCUGUCAAGGCGAGGACAUCGGACCAAAGCUUACGGAAGCCAUCACGAAUUGUCAGAUCCUGAUCCCCAUUUUGUCCGUGUGUUACGGUACAAGCAGCUGGUGCCUGAAUGAACUGGCUCAAAUAAUAAAGUGCAAGAAUGAUAAUGGGCAAAUGGUGUUGCCUGUGUUCUACAAAGUGAAACCAUCUGACGUGGGACAUCAGAGGGGAAGUUUUGGAGAUGCAUUUCAUGAGCGUGAGAAGCGUUUGCUUGAGAGGCCUUCUUUCGACCCAACGAUCUUGGAGAAAUGGAAGAAAGCACUCGGUGAAAAUAAGUUAAUCUAUGAUAUAUUGAAGCGCGAAAAUGAAGUUCGUGAUGAGAAUGAAGGGACUAAGUUCAUCCCCUCCAAGUUUAAAGAUAAAAAGGUCCUCCUUCUUCUUGACGACGUGGAUGAUGUCGGUCAAUUGAAGCGUUUGGCCGGUCAUCCUAUGGCUGGUAUUCAUGAUUGGUUUUCUUCGGGAAGUAUGAUCAUUAUUACCACUAGAAACAAGAGGAUUCUUGAUGAAUUUGGGGUGGACUACGCCUAUGACCAUAAGGAAAUGGAUAAUGAUCAAUCUUUGAUUCUGUUUAGCAAACAUGCAUUCCAAAGAAGCUCUCCUCCAAGGGAUUUUGAGGAACUCACCCGUGCGGUUGUAUCCACCACCGGAGGGCUUCCCUUAACCCUUGAGGGAACAGGAAAAAUUGAGGCCAUUGAUCCGAGUGAAGGCAGCUCAAAAGGCGUCGGCAAAAUAGUUGAGCGAGAUGACAACAUUUACACAGGAGAACAAUUCAAGAAUUUGACAAGUCUAAGAUUCCUUCGCAUGGAGGAAGGGGCACAUCUCACGGGUGACUUUAAGGACUCGGUUGAGGAGUUAAAAUGGCUUCAAUGGGAAAACUGCCCCAUGAAUUUUGUAGUGAACAAUUUUCACGCAACGGAAUUAGUUGUGCUGGAAUUGCGACGUGGCAUGAUAAAUGAUGGAUGGGAAGGAUGGAGUUCUUUCAAGAAGCUCAAAUUUCUCGACCCGACGCAUUGUCAAUACUUGGAAAAUACGGACUCCCUCUCGCCUUUUAAGAAUUUGGAGGUUUUGAUCCUCAACAAUUGUCGGAGAUCGCAGCAAAUCGACUCUUCAAUUGGAGGCAUGAAGGCCCUCCUUCGCCCGGAGUUGCGCGCUUGUAAGAGCCUCACGAAGCUUCCGGAAGAAAUAGGUGAAUUAAAGGCGCUGGAGCAACUCUAUCUACAAGACACUUCUGAACUUUCUGCAUUACCAGAAAGCAUAGGAUCUUUGCCGAAACUAGAAAUUCUAAAUGUUUCUCAAAGUGGUAUAGAAGAAUUACCCGACAAUAUUGGAAGGUUGGGAAAGCUCCGAGUGUUAUAUGCUAUUAGAUGCUUCGAAUUGGGAGGAAAACUUCCCGAAAGCAUGGGGUCUUUGCAGAAUCUAGAAGAGAUGGCAAAGAAGCUCAAAUUUCUCGACCUUGGAGGUUGUCGAUACUUGAAAACUACGGCAUUCCUCUCGGCUUUUAAGAGUUUGGAGGUUUUGAACCUCUUUGGUUGUUCGCGACUACAGCAAAUCGACUCUUCAAUUGGAGGCAUGAAGGCCCUCCUUCGCUUGGACUUGAGCUACCGUGAGAGCCUCACGAAGCUUCCGCAAGAAAUAGGUGAAUUAAAGGCGCUGGAGCAACUCUGCCUAUACAAGACUCCAAAACUUUCUGCAUUACCCGAAAGCAUAGGAUCUUUGCAGAAUCUAGAAAUUCUAAUAAUUUCUCAUAGUGGUAUAGAAGAAUUACCCGAUGGUAUUGGGAGGCUGAAAAAGCUCCGACAAUUAGAUGCUUCAAAUUGCAAAAAUCUCAAAGGGGAAAUGCCGUAA